AUGAAGCGAUUCCCAAAGACAACUGUGGUCCAAAAUGACCUGCUCAAACACGGCCUCCGAAUUGACGUGGAUGUACGAAGCGAGACAAAGAUAAUCGAGUACGUUGGCGAGUACAUGAGCAAGAUGGACGUUUUGCGCCAGAAACGCCUAAAGCAAGGUACCACCGAUUGGUAUUUGGCCCGCGUUGGUUCCAGCGAAGAUUUGUACAUUGACGCGGGACGUGUGGGCAAUCAUUCGAGGUUCAUCAACCACUCAUGCAUUCCAAACUGCCGGUUUCAAACAUGGUAUGUCGACACCAAGCCUCGGUUAAUGGUCGUCGCCAACCAAGCUCUUGAACGAGACAAAAAAACCAUUGAGCAGGUGCGACCAGAGCUCACGAAAUCGCAGUAG